UGAAGAACACAAAGGUUCGGGUGGGAGCCUUGCUCUCUGGCUCCCUCUGACUGACUCUCUCUCUCUCUCUCUCUCUCUCUCUCUCUCUCUCUCUCUCUUUCCCUCUCCCUCUCCCACCCUCCCUCCUUCUCUUCCUUUUCCUUUCCUUUUUCUUCUCUCUAUCUCCCUCUCCCCACUUCUACCUCUCCCUCUUCUCCUGCCAUCAGAGUUGAAACCUAACUGAUAAUCUCUCUGCCUUUGAAUUUAGCUCCUCCGGAACCAAAUGCAUUUUAUUGCUCUUAGAAGUGAAUAGAGUUUUGAUAAGCUGGGAGCUGCUUGCUCCAGAGGACCCAAAAAGAUCCAGCCAUCAUUGUUUUUUAAUCUAUCCGAGAAGUUUUGCCUUCCUGACCUGAAAUUUGGUGGAAGGGAUUUUUGGGCUUGAUUGUUUUUCAUUGGAAUAUUGAAAACUUUUAUUGAUGCCUGAAUUGGAACCCAGUUUUUACACACGGGUUGAGUCAGAUCUAAAGGACAUUUGCCUGACUGCUUUCCACAGGACUGACCAGGGAAACAUCUAAAGAGAAAUUUGGUGGGAGAAAUGACAUCUAUUUGCAGCAGCCAUGCUUUCUUUUGAGAGAAUCAGACUCACUGAGAAGGGAAAUUAAUAUUGGUAAAGUACAAUGUCUUUUAGUAACUCUAGCCUGUGGGGAAACAACCAUAAUUCUACGGACCUUUCCAAUUCUCCAGGAACUCUAAAUAUCUGUCUUUUUUGCUUGACAUGUGCAAUGACUCUUGCAGCUCUGACAGGCAGCAUUUUUUCACUAGUUUCUCUGCUGAAAUUGCAGAGGAGGACUGUUGUGUCCAUGCUUGUGGCGUCCUGGUCUGUGGAUGAUCUCAUGAGCGUUCUCUCUGUGACUAUCUUCAUGUAUUUGCAGUGGCCAAAAGAGGCCCCUGGCUACUUCCAGUCUCUGUGCACCACCUCUGCCUUACUGUAUUUAUGCCAGGGCCUCUCGAGCAACUUGAAGGCGACUCUUCUAGUCUCCUAUAACUUUUACACAAUGCACAGGGCUGCGGAAAGUCAGGCAGCAUCCAAACGCUCCGGCCAGGUGCUCGGAGCAGCGCUGAUGGUGUGGGCAGCCAGCCUGGUGCUCUCCGCGCUCCCUCUCUGUGGUUGGGGCGCCUUCGUGCGCACGCCCUGGGGCUGUCUGGUGGACUGCUCCAGCUCCUACGUGUUGCUCCUCUUCGCCGUGUAUGCUUCGGCCUUCGGACUCCUGGCUGGCCUCUCGGUCCCGCUCAUUCAUCAGUUGCUGUGUUCCGAGGAGCCGCAGAGACUCCACGCCUACUACCAGGAAAUCUCCCGCAGAGCCUCCACUCCGGGGACCCCUCCUACUGUAGGGACAGCGCUGUCCCUGUCCCCGGAGGAUGCUGCAGGGCCCGCUCCGCCCGGCCCUAAGGCGUGCUUCCCGAGCUCAGACUCCGGUUUUGGGCCGGAUCUGGCGGCUGCCGCCGGGACCAGGACCGGGACCGGAGCCUGCAUGCGUGGACAGCCAGGCACCAGGAGCUUCGCCAGGAGCACAGCGCAGAAGCGCUUCGCUUUGAUCCUAGCGUUGACAAAAGUCGUUCUCUGGCUGCCCUUGAUGAUCCAUAUGGUGGUCAAGCACGUGGCGGGAGUUCAGUGCCUUCCCUUCGAGUCCCUCGGCUUUCUGCUCACCCUGCUGGCUGCCACUGUGACCCCAGUGUUUGUCUUGUCCAAACGCUGGACCCACUUGCCCUGUGGCUGCAUCAUCAACUGCAGGCAGGACACUUACCCCGAGGCAUCUGAUAGGAAAAAAACCAAUAGAAAAGGCUUUGAAUUCAAUCUGUCAUUCCAACGAAGUUAUGGAGUUUAUAAAAUAGCACAUGAAGAUUAUUAUGAUGAUGAUGAAAACUCUAUAUCCUACCACAACCUGAUGAAUUAUGAAUGUGAAACUACAAAAGAUUCUCAGAGAGACAAUUGUAAUAUCUUCAACACCAUAAAAGUAGAAAUCAGCACCACACCCUCUCUGGACAGCUCCACACUAAAAGGCAUUAACAAAUGCACAAAUACUGAUGUUAUAGAGGCUAAGCAAGUUCCUGAUGAAGAAAAGUGUGCAUUUUCAGACAAAACAGGAAGUAAUAUUAACUACGAAGAAGCCACCUUUUACGAAGGUCCAGAAAGAAGACUAUCGCAUGAAGAGAGUCAGAAACCAGACCUUUCAGAUUGGGAAUGGUGUAGGAGUAAAUCAGAAAGAACACCUCGUCAGCGGUCCUGUGGUGGGCUUGCCAUUCCCCUGUGUGCAUUCCAAGGCACUGUGUCUCUCCACGCGCCUACAGGGAAAACCCUCUCUCUUUCUACCUAUGAAGUGAGUGCUGAAGGUCAAAAAAUAACUCCGGCCUCUAAGAAAAUAGAAGUCUACCGAUCUAAAAGUGUCGGCCAUGAACCGAAUCCAGAGGAUUCUCCCUCAACGUUUGCAGACACUAAUGUGAAGAUACACCUGGAGGUCCUCGAAAUUUGUGAUAAUGAAGAGGCCUUGGACACUGUUUCGAUUAUUAGCAACAUCAGCCAGUCGUCCACGCAAGUCAGAUCUCCUUCACUACGCUACUCGAGGAAAGAAAACAGAUUUGUCUCGUGUGAUUUAGGGGAAACAGCUUCGUAUUCUCUCUUUUUACCUACAAGUGAUCCUGAUGGUGAUAUCAACAUCUCCAUUCCAGACACUGUCGAAGCACACAGGCAGAACAGUAAGAGGCAACGCCAAGAGAAGGAUGGCUACCAGGAAGAAAUCCAGAUGUUAAACAAAGCUUACAGGAAACGGGAGGAGGAAAGCAAGAGUAACUAGUGAUCAGUGGGCCUGUGAGAAGCAAAAAUGGCUCUGCAACUUCAAAGCGUGAAUUCACGACUUUGAGACUGAUUUUCUUUUAUUUCUUGGUUUAUGUAAGCUUUACUAAUUUACUAGUUAAUUAUUUUUAGUAUACAGAGCAGGAACUACUGUAGACACUAAGUGCAUUUAUAUGUGCUGCCUAAAGAUCACACACUGUGGUGACUGUAAUAUUUUGUGUCUUAUCCAGUUUCUACAAAGAUUUUUGUAAAUUGCAUCUUGGCCUAAUUUCCUGUCUUUGCCUAUGUUUGUCAGAUGAAUACACUGCUUCCAUCACGUGUUUCUAUACUUAAUGUUGGCUUUUGCUGAAAGGGAAAAAGAAGACAUUUUCAAAAUGGAAGAAAUGUAGCUAAACUCCCAAGUUGUAUUUGUAGACAUUUGUCUAAAUGUUGCUAGCAAUAUAAGCUUGUUCCAAUUACUGCUUCAGGUUUAUAUUGGUGUCUAGAAAAUAUAUUUUUGUGCAAAAUGACAAAUUAGAUAUUAACUUGCAAAUAUGCAUGCCUCUAACCUAUAAAUAGUUGUUUCCUUAAUUUCUAUAAAGUAUAAACAGUUUAAUAGGUGGUUCUUUCCUUGCUUUCUCUUAAAUCUCCCUUUAGCCUUUUAAGUAUAUCAAGAUAGCCUUUAAAACAAAUAUGUUGUAUGUUACAGGUGGAAUUAGAAGUAGUCUUUAACUCAAAUAUUAUUGGAAAAGUUUGUGUUAGCUUUCCCUCACUAUAACAAAUACUUGAGAUUAUCGGCUCAUAAAGAGAAAAGUUUUACUUAGCCCACAGUGUUAAAGUUUGCAAUCCACGACUGAUUUGCUCCAUUGAUUUUGGGGCUAUGGCAAGGCAGCAGAUCAUGGUAGGAGCUCAUAGUAGAGCAAAACCACUCAGCUCACGGUGAUCCAGGGAGCAAACAAACUAGAAGGGACCCAAGUCUCACAAACAUCUUUGAAGACGUGUGCCCAAAGACCACCAUGCUCUGCUUCUAAAAGCUCCGUGGUCCCCCCAAUAGACUUUCCUGGCCACCAAGCCUCCAUCAUAGCAGUCUUUAAGUUGAAUCUACAGCAAUGUUUUAAUUUAUACUUGUUCCUAGAAUUGUUUUGUUUAUUUGAAUAGAAAUUGAAAGAAAAUAUUGCCAGAUUACAUCCUGAGAUGUGGAUUUUACAACAAUAACAAGCUUCUGGAUAAAGCAAAGGAAAAAUCCUCUAAUCUUAAAAGAAAAGUGUCUAUUCUUAAAGCUUCAGAUUCAAAACUUUUCUUAGCUAUUCUUGCAGCAUAUGAACUUGUGCUUCAAAUAUUAGGUUUAAAUGCUUAUUUCUUUUCCAAAGACAUGUGUUAUUUCAAGGGAAAUACAUAUUUUGUCAAGUGAUUGGAAGGUAUACAUAUUGAUUGGUUUUUAAAUAUAUUAUGUUGCAAAAUUACAUAAAUAAUAUUGUUAAAAUAUUAGGAAUGCAUAUUUGUAAAGUUAUGAAGUGAUUUUUUUCAAAUUGAUUUAUUCUAAUCUUUCUGUAAACAUGCAUUAAAUGCAUUAUAUAAAUGUUUACUUUUGAAAAUUACUGAACUGAUUAUAUAAUCUUAGACUUUGCAUCUCCUUACCUCACACAUAUAUAUUUAUAGAUUGAAUUAUUUUUCAGAAUCAUUGAUUUUGUUUAUUUCCUUAUACUGAAUCAAAAUUCUCUCUAAAUUAUUGCACAUGAGCUUUCAGAGUGUUUCACCCUUAGAGAACAUUUUUUAGCCACCAAGAAAAGUUAUUUUCAAAAUAGUUAUAUCAUUUUUUCAUGUGACAUUAUCUAAAUUUUGCAAGCAAAUGUAAUGUCCUUAGUAAUGUUUAUAAAGCAAAUUUCAAAUAAUCAUAGCAUAUAAAUUCAAAUUCAAUUAUAUUCUCACCUUAAAUACUGUUUUGUUUUCAAUACUUUGCAUCUUCAAAAUUGAUGACUUUUAACACAAGUGGACAAAUCAUCCUGGUAUAUAAAUCUUUAACAUUGAAUAUCUUUACAAAGGAAAAAAUGAAUUGGAUAUACUAAUAAUGCCUUUUAAAGGACAGUUUCUGACAUAUUUAUAUGUAUAAUUUUCUGAAGGAUAAAGAUAAUAUUGCUACUUUCAAAUGCAAUUUUUAAUAACAUUAAAAUCAUAAUGCAACUAAAUAGUAGAGAUUUAAAUGUAAACAAAUAUUUUUAACGUCAGCAUUUUGAAUGAGAAGAUGAUGAAAGUCAAGGUUUAAAGAGUAUAUCGUGAGGAGACAAUAAUAGCCAUUUUCCUUCCUGUUUUCCUUUUUCUUUUCACGAGACAUGGAACUAGGCUGGAGGAAAUGAAACAAAACAAAACAAAAGCAAGCAAACUAAGGUAUUUCUGUUUAAUUUCUCUUGGUUAUUGCACUGUGUAUACCAUAGACAUACUUUUAAAUUUUUCCUACAUUGAAACAAUACCAUGAUCAUUUAGCCUGAAGACGUAUUUGAGAGAUGAGUGAGGAACAGAUUACUAAUCUAUAACAUUUCAAAUUCCAAGCCAACAGUAGAUCAGUCUACAAGAAAAAUCUACUUGGGCUGUACAUAAGUGUUAAAGGAUCCUCCAAAUUCUUAUAAAGAGAGGAUGUUAAGUUUCACAAGUCUUACUUAAAUUUACUUACUGUUUAGUGACUCUGAUGAUAAAAAUGGUGUUUCUAGUGUAGAAAAUACCCUUUUAGCUAUCCUGUGCUAUGUCCAAAUAUCUUACCCUUGAAAGAUAGUUAUAUACUUAGCAUUAAUAAAUACUGUAUUUUAUAUACUGUAUCUCUUUCCUUUCUAAAUUUUAUGUGGAAAUAAAAACUUUACCUAAUAAAACUGUCACCAUCUGGUGGUGACUCCUACACACUGCAGACACAUAAUCAUAAUUCCCUAAUUAUAUAUGUAUAUAUAUAUGUAUAUAUUUGCACACACACACAUAAUGUCUAAAGUUCCUACUAGUUGUUAUUGACAGAAGCAAUUCAUUUUGAAAGCAGCAAAAAUUUUAUAUUUCUCAAAAUAAAAUAAAAAGAGAA